UGUGUCAAAGAGAAUUGGCCUUCAGUAAACGCUGUGCAUCAUCGCUAUUAGGUCAGUGAUAAUUUACUCUGUUGAAGUGACAAACGUCCAGGGAACAGAUAGAAGUGUCUCAAGUAGAGUGAAUGAAAUAACGUGUAAAGAAGGAUAAUUUCGUGGUCAAUUCAUCAUGUCCGCUGACGAAGGUUCGUGGCGUACACCAGCAUUCAGACAGAGCGUGGUUGCAAAAAUCGAUGAAGCCAUCCAAAGAUCUGGGAUGCCAACGACGAAGAACAGCAUUGAGAUGGAAAAUCAUGUGUUCCAGAAAGCCAAGACCAAGGAAGAAUACUUGGGAUUUGUCGCUCGAUUGAUACUCCACGUAAGAGAAAUGAACACCAAGAAACCUGGUGCUGGCAUGGCCCCAGGAACAGGAAAUGCCGGUGGUCAGGGUAUGCCGGAUCCAAUUGGAGCUCUACAAACACUUGCGCGGCAAGGCACAGGAAACAAUCAGAUGAUGGGGAUGGGAGGACCGGGUCCCGGACCACAGGGAAUGGUGCAACAGCCUCCACCUAACACUGCAACUAAUUUGUUGCAGAGUCUUAACCAACGCCCUGGUCAAACAAUGAACAUGACAGGGAUCCAGAAUAAAAUGGGAGGGAUGGGAAUGAUGCAGGGGCAAACAGGAGGGCCGAUGGGCCACAUGGGACCAAUGCAAGGAAUGCAGGGUGGGCCGAUGCAGACGCAAAUGAACCAGAUGAAUCAAGGAAGCAUACCUCAACAAAUGGGUCCAGGUCAGAUGAACCAAAUCGUUCAGAGCCAGAUAGGUCCGGGACAGAUGCAGCCAAAUUUACAGGGUCAAAUGCAAGGACAAAUGCAGGGGCAAAUGGGCAAUCAAAUGGGUGUUCCAUUAGGACCCGGAAUUCAGGCAGGAAUACCACCACAAAUGAAUCAGAUGCCACCUCAAAUGAAUCAAAUAGGUCCAGGGCAAAUGGGUCCUGGACAAAUGGGUCCUGGACAAAUGUCUCAACAGAUGAGUCACAUGCAGCGUAAACCGGAAAUGAUGAACGCCGGUUUUCCUGGGCCACGUAACGUUGCUCCCAACCAAUUUCUUAGACAAAGCCCCUCUCCAUCCGCGCCGAGUCCAGCUAGCCUCGCCCCUUCAAGUAAUCAAAUGGUCGCUUCUCCUGCUUUGGUACCUUCUCCUAGUCCGCAGCACACAAUGAUGGCCGGACCCCAACGUUCCGUAGGCAUGGCACCAUCGCCCAGCAGUUCGCUAAAUACCCCUGGAGGGUUGGGAGCAACUCCAAGUCCACUUCAAGAGGAUCAGGCCUACAGGGAUAAAGUUCGCCAGCUCAGCAAAUACAUCGAACCUCUUAGAAGAAUGAUAGCAAGGAUGGGAAAUGACGGAAACGUCGACAAAUUAAGUAAAAUGAAAAAACUCUUGGAGAUAUUAUCAAAUCCGAGUAAAAGAAUGCCCCUCGAUACGCUAUUGAAGUGUGAAGUGGUACUCGAAAAACUGGACUUUAAGAGAGGUGACGGUAGCGUUGGACCUCCCGUUACUACUUUGAAGGAACAUCACUUCUUCAGCCCUCUCCUAGAGGCUGUAAAUGCUCAUCUUCAAAGCCCUGUUGCAAACCACACUUUGCAGAGGACCUUCGGUCCCUGUUUAGAAGCCUUAUUUGGACCUGAAAUAAAAGGUUUGCCUCCCCCUCUCAAAAAACAAAAGGUGGAGGAACCGACAAGCGAUAUACCAGAUGUUCUCCAAGGAGAAAUAGCUCGCCUGGAUCAACGCUUCAAGGUAAGUCUUGACGCAGCUCAGCAAAACGGCUCAAAAUGUAUACAGCUAGUCUGUUGGCUGGACGAUCGUCACCUACCCUGCGUUCCGCCGGUUUCGGUAACAGUUCCAGCUGAUUAUCCUUUGACAGCACCUCGCUGUGUGAUGGCACCACACGAAUAUAACGCGACUACAUUUCUAUGCGCGGUUCAGAAGGCUCUGAAUGCUCGCAUAUCCAAAUUACCGCGGAGAUUUUCCGUUUCUCAAUUGUUAGACACCUGGGAAAUGAGCGUACGACAAGCCAGCGCUCCUACACAAACCCCAGUAUCAGCGGCGACGGUUCUCAUGGGUCUUUAAAGGUUGAGUACUUUUGACUAUAGAGUAUUAAAUCUCAUCAAAUAGCGAAUAAUCGAUUUUUUUUAAUUGACAUGAGCGGAAACGAAAAUACUAUCGUAUCGUCCCUCGUUAAUUCCCGUUCCUACUCUUCUCGAUCCCUGUUAAAUUUUCACCCUGAGAGUCUGUUUGACUUGGGCGAAGUUUCAGCCUCUGCAAUACUCAAGUAUACAUAUAACUUGUCAAUUUUUACACGAUUCAGUAAUAUUUUGUACAUAUUUUCCGAUUGCGAUUAAUAUAUUUUAUUAAGAAAAAUGAAUUUGCAAUAAAAUCGUUCGAAUAAAUGUA